AUGACAAAUCUCCAGCAAGCACUUAAUAUAUUCACCGAAAUCCAAGAAACUUCAAAAGACGUCCCAUCCAAACUGCGCCAGAUAACUCAAUUGAUGACUUCAGCGCAGACGGUCAUGGAUUUUGUUGCAGUCGGCGUGUUUUCCUCCAUUCUGGCAUAUUUUCCGACAUGUCCGCAUGAAACUUUGCAGUUAAUUGAAGUUUUGGUGUGCAACAGAGACACGGCAAUCGCAUUUUUAGAGUCGAUCUUUUACGACACUUUUUUACCAAUGGUGGCCGAACAAUCCGACCCAAUUUUAAUAUCGGCGUGCAUUCGUGUUAUUAUUAAAGUGACUCGUUUUACUAAAGUAAAUGCCGAAGUCCUUAUCAGUUUUAUUACCCCGUUUGUAACACCUCAGUACCUUUCUUCUGUGGACAUUCUAUUUAAUGUUUUAUCACACAAAAAUGUAUUUCCAGAUCCAUCAGUCGUUGAGUCUCUUGUUGGGAAGUUACUUACGCUCCCAAACAAUGACAACGCGUUAGCUGUGUACUACAGUGUGAUGGAGGAAGGGGUCGACGCACAGAAGUGUGUUUUGGAACUUGCAAAGAAGCUCUCUCAAAGGGGUGUUGGGCAAACGUAUGUUAUCGGAAUUUUUGCGAAACUCCUUCAAAAGCAUUAUGCGUCAGAGUCCCUGAAAAAAGGCGACGACUUCCCAUUUUUUGAAACGCUUAUCAGUCCUGUCGUUACGUCACAGGUGGGAUCAAUCAUCUCAGAAAGUCGGGAGAUUUCGAAGAUUGAGUUGUCACUCACGUUCUUCGAGAUUUUAAGUGCGGAAAGAGAGGGCGUAAAGGCGAUAAAAAACACGGGGUGUUUGAAGAAUUUGAUACUACUCUUCGAGGAGUCUCCCUUGCCAACCUCGAAGUUCGACAGGAUCUUCAACAUCAUCACAAACUGCGCUAUUGACAACGAGUUGUUCCUUGUCCUCUCACACCUCCAUAUAUUCAGGUAUGCUUUCGAGAUCUUAACAAAGAGACUAAUAGACGAUAGAAAGACUGUACUGGCAUGCUAUCGAGUGCUCCUGGUGUUUUAUGAUGUUGAGGAGACAAAGGUUGUGAAUGGAAUAUUGGAAAGAAACGAUUGCGAAAGCAUAGAGUGGCUGUUUCUCGCCGCACUUUCUAAAAAGUAUGUAAAAGGAAUACCAGACCGUAUGGUGAAGAAUGUGAAGGAGGGGCAAUACUUCAUUAUGUUUGACGUAUUGUUAAAAUAUAUUUCUGUUUUUGAGAACAUGGCGAAGAAAGAAAGUCCGUGGAUUUUUGAUUACUCACACGUUCUUGAAAACGAAGAUGACCAACAAUUAAGUAACGAUGUGAAAAUGGUUGAAAAGAUUUUGUUUGACGCGAUCUGUAAAGGAUAUGAGGUUGUCAAGAUUGCAGAGAUUUUCGUGCGAAACAAAAUUUAUGUGACGGAGGUUUGGCUGUCCAAUAUUAAGAACACUGACGAAUUCUUCUCGAUGGUGAACACGGUUUUUAAGGGCGUUCCCAAAAUUGAAUUUUUGAAAAUGUUCGCGAAGACAAGCUUCAAGGAAAACAUCUCUUUUUUGACGCUCAUUUAUAACGAGCUUGAAAAUCAAGAUCUGAAAGUGGGGGUUUUGGUGUUAGAGUUUUUCACUGAUGUAAUGAAGAGUGAAACGAAGGAAUUGGUUUUUGACUUGGGGUGGUCGGAUUCAAUUGUCAAGCACUUUUGCCAAAUCACACAAGAUAAAAGCGUUGUGAAAAAGGCGUUGGAGUUUAUUAAAAUCGUUGCAACUGACAAAAUGAUCAGCGAAGAAGCAACACAAAAAGCUCUAGAGUACACCACUUCUUUUAUUGAGGGGGAGAAUGAUGUUUCCGAACUGGCGUGUGAAUUGUUGUCGUAUUUGAGUUGA